UUUCCCCUUCACAGAUUUUCUUGAAAAUCCGCCGCUAGCCCUUUUUGGGGUUUUCAAUAUCUUGUUUUGAGUAUGGAAAACCAGUUUAGAAACCCAUUUUUGGAUCAAAGGUUUAUGGUAUUUCUUUUGAUCUUCUUCUCUCUCACUUGCUCCUUCUCACCUUCCUAUGGAUAUGACUCAUUGGACCCUUAUGCUAACAUUACUAUCACUUGGGAUUUCUUGGUAGAGAAUGGGGAUACUUAUGAUGUGAGGGUUUCAUUGUACAAUUUCCAACUGUUUCGCCAUGUGGAGCUGCCUGGUUGGAAACUUGGCUGGUCAUGGAAAGGUGAGGAGGUUAUAUGGGGUAUGUGGGGAGCAGAAGCUACUCAGCAAGGAAAUUGCUCCAAAUACAUAGGCAGAGAGCUUCCUCACUGUUGUGAGAAGGAGCCUGUGAUUGUUGAUCUCAUGCCUGGAGCUCCUUAUAAGUUGCAGGUGGCCAAUUGUUGCAAAGGAGGUGUGCUAUCUUCCAUGAGACAAGAGUCUGCCAACUAUGGAGCUGCCUUCCAAAUGAAUGUUGGGAAGUCUUCUGGGAAGGAUGUAGAUAGCAAAAUGCCUGCAAAUUUCACACUGGGGCUUGCUGGAUAUACUUGUAGUGAACCAUUCCAAGUCUCUCCAACCAAGUUCAGUAAGGAUGGUGGUCGCCGGUGGACACAAGUUCUAGAAACAUGGAAUGUGACCUGUGUUUACUCCCAAUUUCGAUCAUCACCAACACCGAGGUGCUGCGUUUCAGUGUCAUCCUUCUACAACAGCACCAUUGUCCCUUGCCCUCAGUGCAGCUGUGGUUGCCAAGGGCUGAAGGGAACAAAAUGUGUCGAGUCAGGUGAAACUCCUUCAGUGUUGCAACUUCCACACGAACAUUACACUGCUGAAGUAGAACCACUGGUGAGGUGUUCACAGCACAUGUGCCCAAUAAGGGUACAUUGGCAUGUGAAACAGAGUUAUACACGGUAUUGGAGGGUAAAGAUAACAAUCACAAGUCUAAAUUUUGCUAAGAAUUACUCUGAAUGGAACUUAGUAGUGAUGCAUCCCAAUUUGCGGAAUAUUACUCAAGUUUUCAGCUUCAACUACAGCCCCCUCAAUCAGUAUGGUAACGUCAAUGACACUGGGAUGUUUUGGGGAAUACACUUCUACAAUGACUUGUUACUCACAUCAGGAGAGAGAGGAAAUGUCCAAACAGAAAUUCUUCUCCAAAAAGAUUCAGAAAUUUUCACUUUUAGAGAAGGAUGGGCAUUCCCGAGAAGAAUUUUGUUCAAUGGAGAUGAAUGUGUAAUGCCACCUCCAGACCAAUAUCCAAGGCUCCCAAAUAAAGCUCACAAGGCCAUGGCAGCCUCAUUCAUAGUUUUCUUCUUGUUUCUCUCUGUAUCAUUAUAACAGAGGAAAUUCAGGAGAUGGCAAUGCAGUACACAAGUUACAAGCAGUAAGUAGUAUAGCACACUUUUGAGUUUUAUUUACAUAUGGCUCUGAUGAUGAGAAUAUUAGUUGAGAUGAUGAGCCUUUUUCAUACCCUUUUAUUAUCAUUGUUUCUAGACUUGAUUCUUCAAACUUUGAAAGCCAACCAAAUGCUAA